AUGCGCGGGUUAUCCUUGAUUUGUGCCCUAGAGUUUGCGACCUUCUCGCUGGCAGGGAGAAACAACUACCUCAAUCUUUACAGCGACCGAAACUGUGCGACCAACUAUGCCGAGUUGGCUAUUUUCGACAACGAUAAUUGCUAUGAUUCUCUGCCCAACAAGGGACAGGCGAAGGCCAUUGCAGGCGUUCUCGUUGAGAAUGGAUGCUACAGUUCGUAUUGUCUCUUCUUCUUCUCGAUACGUCAGCUAAUAAUGGCAGUUCUUGGCUACGAGCAACCGAACUGCACUGGCACGGCUGUGAAUAUCAGCUCUGCGGACGGAACUAGCUGCUUCAAUGCUGAUUCAUACUUUCAAGGCUUUAAGUAUCGCGAUAACAGUUUUCUCCAAACGCCUUCACCAAGGACGCUGGAGUAA